AGCUCCGACCCCUCGCUCCUUCUCCUUCUUUCCCUCUCCUCUUCAUGAUGGACGGUUCUCUGUGCCGCGCAGCGGGUGUCCUCGGCGCCCCCCCGGCCACCGGGAGCCAUCCGGCGGGCUCAGACUCGCUCUCCUCCGGCGGCGGCAGCUCCAAGCCUCUCGCCUUUUCCAUCGACCGGAUUAUGGCCAGGACGCCCGAGCCCAGGUCGAUACCGCUCGGCUCCUGGUUCCAGGCGUCUCCCGCGGGGAAACCCGACGUGUGUCCGUCCUCGCUGCACUGCAUGAUCCCGCUGGUGCCGCUCGGCUAUGAGGCGGGUCACCGGCUCAGCAUCGGCGGGCUGGAUCCGGGCCACCUGGACUCUCAUCUCCAGGCUCCGGUGGACUUUUUGGGCUUCGGGUUGAACUAUCGGAGCCAGCAGGAGGACUCGGCGGUGAGUCAAAGCAGCGGCCAGUAUAAGCUGUUCAGACCGCGGGUGGUGAACCAGUCCUCCCUCUCCACCGUGGGCACCAUGUGCUACCUGAACUGCGCCGGGGACGCGGGGGCCUGCGCCCCGCCGGCCGGCCUGGUCAACCUGCACCCGAUGGCCUCCUACCUCCUCACCGCCCGACACAAAGCCCUCCUAGCGGAGAAGAGCAAGCAGCAGGCCGGGGAGCGCUACUCGGUUCCCGGGGCCUUCAAGCAGCUGUCCCCCAGCCAGAUCCAGACCUACAUGAAGGAGCGGGACCAGAUCUACAAAGGCUCCCCGGCAGCAGCGGCAGCAGCAGCGGCCAGGCUCAGCGGCUCCUGCUCCGGAUCCAAACCCAAAGUCUUCAUCUGCGAGGUCUGCGGAAAGGUGUUUAACGCGCAUUACAACCUGACCCGCCACAUGCCCGUGCACACCGGCGCGCGGCCCUUCAUCUGUAAGGUCUGCGGGAAAGGCUUCCGGCAGGCCAGCACGCUGUGCAGACACAAGAUCAUCCACACUCAGGAAAAACCUCACAAGUGUAACCAGUGCGGGAAAGCGUUUAACCGGAGCUCCACGCUCAACACGCACACACGGAUCCACGCGGGAUACAAACCCUUUGUGUGCGAGUUCUGUGGGAAAGGAUUCCACCAGAAAGGGAACUACAAGAACCACAAGCUGACCCACAGCGGGGAGAAGCAGUUCAAAUGCUCCAUCUGCAGCAAGGCGUUCCACCAGGUGUACAACCUCACCUUCCAUAUGCACACUCACAACGACAAGAAGCCCUUCACCUGCCCCACCUGUGGGAAAGGCUUCUGCAGGAACUUUGACCUGAAGAAGCACAUCAGGAAGCUGCAUGACCCGGCCGGGGCGCCAUCCGCCCUGGAGUCCUGAAAUCAGCUGCGGACGCAGAAACCCAGACUUCCUGGUCUGCUGAGGACAGAUUCUAGGAACAAUGGCCUGCCUUCAGGUCUCUGCACUUUCUCUGCUCCAGUUAUUGUUAAUCAGCCAAAUGAAAAGCUCUAAAGUAUUGUAGUGUUUAUCUUCCCUGAUGUUUUAGCCUGCAUAUGCUGCCCCCUGCUGUCUGAACUGGGAGUGACUGAAUUCUUGGAGCUCACCAAAGGACGCCUCUGACUCUUCACAUGGAGACUGGUGUGCAUGAAUCAUUCCCUCACCUUUGUGCUGUUUCCCCCUCCAAAUAAAAAGUCACUAUUGAUAAGUCCUGACUCCUAUCAUGUUCUGACCCAGAGAGCUCACUGAGGGCAGCUCUGGUUCUCAUCCUCGGUUGGACCCCCUCCACCCAGACCGUCACCAUGGAAACCCAAAAAAGGCAGCGAUGGGGUUUCUGAGCGUGUCCAAGCACAGCAGUGGCCUCCCAGGCCCAAUAAGGACUCAUCCUGACCUCCCGGUCGGCUGGCCUCUGAACCUCUGCGCUCUCGGGUCCAUGAACAUUUGGCUGAGAGCAUCUUUAUAAAACCCCCAAACUGAUGCUAUUUAUUGUGUAAUUAGUCCUCAGCGAGUCGUUCAGGCAGAUCUCUGAGGUAAACCCAGAACUCCUCUACCUCCUCAGAUGUUUCACCCUUUCUCUGGUUCAGAGAGCAGACAGUAAAAAUGUUUUUACAGAUUCAAAU